GGUCUUUAGGCUUCCUGAAGGGGAAACUACCGAGACCAGGAAUGUAGCCGGGACUAAAAUGGAAGGAAGCCGGCGAGCGAAAACGGAGAGUUUGUCGUAGCGGAGGAAAUAACGCGAACUCGGACAUUUUUCGGUGUCGUCGUUUGAGGGCCACUCUGGAGCACCAUCAACUGUGCAGACAGCCUCGGCGAGCCAAUUUUCAAGCCGGAGUUCAAAUUGAACGCAAUUGAGGUUGGGAGUGGUGUGUGGGGCGCGAGGAGGAGCCCAAGAAGGAGAGAGGAAGUGGUGUCGGCGAGAGGCCAGGCCAGGCCCAUCGAUGGACAACGGUGGGGGUGAUCAUCAAGCAGGUGUUUCUUCAGGGGAAAGUGGUUCCGAUACGGGAUGGUAUAUUUUGGAUGAAACGCAAAAUUAUCAGGGCCCUUAUUCGUCUGGCCAAGUUCAAGAGCAUUACAAUUCAGGUUAUUUGACACUGGAAACUCUUAUUUGGAAAGAGGGAAGAGGUGAUUGGAUUCCACUUUCUUCAAUUCCUGAGCUCUGUUCAUCGACUGCACAAGUUGCUGAGGUUUCUGAACCUAGAUAUAGUGGGGCUAGAACUGGAAGUCAAAUUACUUCAGCUCCUCGAAUUAUAUCAGUAGAAGCAGCUCCAGUGAAAGCUUCUGGAGAUGAGGAUGAUGAUUAUAAGAGAUGGCAGGAAGAAAUCAGGAAAGCAGAAGAGGAAGCAGAAGCACUAAAGUCAGGGAAAGGGAAGAAAGCAGAAGAAGACAGGACUGUUCAUGGCAAGAAAGUAGAUGUUGUUGCCGACGAGGAAAGGCCUCAGACACCACCGGAGGGUGAAGAAGAAUUCACGGAUGAUGAUGGCACAGUGUAUAAUUGGGACAAGAAGCUGAGGGCAUGGGUUCCUCAAGGCCAAGCCUUAACUGGAGGGCUGGCUUAUGGAGCCGAUGAGAUGACUUUUGUUCAAGAGGAUGAAGUUAUACCCUCCUUGCAAGCAGCAAUAGCUGCCCACAAAGAAGAAGAAGAGAUAACUGCGCCUGAGUCUGAGAUUGAAGACCCGAAGACUGGGAAGAAACGCAGUAAAGAAGAGGUGGAAGCAGCGGGUGGCAAGAAGGAGGCACAAAAGGAACCCGAGGCUUGGUUUGAACUCAAAGUCAACACCCAUAUUUAUGUGACAGGGUUACCUGAAGAUGCCACUAUGGAGGAAGUCGUGAAGGUUUUCUCGAAGUGUGGAGUUAUUAAGGAGGAUCCUGACACCAGAAAACCUCGAGUCAAGCUAUACGUUGAUAAGACAACAGGCUUGCAAAAAGGAGACGGUCUUAUAACGUUUUUGAAGGAACCAUCUGUGGACCUCGCAAUCAAGAUUUUGGAUGGUACGCCCUUAAGACCUAGUGGAGCCACCAAUAUGACAGUUACUGUCGCCAAGUUCGAACAGAAAGGUGAAGUGUUCAUGAAGAAGCAACAAAAUAAGAAGAAGAAACAAAAGCUUCAGCGCCUUGAGCAGAGAGCUCUUGGAUGGGGUGGGUUCGAUGACGUUAAGAAGACGGAGGCAAUUUCAGUAAUUUUCAAGCAUAUGUUUACGCGGGAGGAGCUUCUGUCUGAUCCAAGUGUAUUACCAGAACUUGAGUCCGAUGUAGCAGAGGAAUGUACCAAAAUUGGUCCGAUAGAGAGACUGAGGGUUUACGAAAAUCAUCCCGAAGGUGUGGUAAUGGUGAAAUUUAAGGAUAGAGCUCACGGUUUGAAAUGUAUUCAGGUUAUGAAUGGAAGAUGGUUUGGUGGAAGGCAACUGGCUGCUUUUGAGGAUAAUGGACUUGUAAACUACGCUGCAGUGAGAGAUGCAGCAGAAGAUGAGGCUCGAUUAGAGCAAUUUGGAGCUGAGCUAGAAGCCCCAUGAGCGGGAGAGAGUCCCAUUAUAGCAGUUUUGAGUAUUAGCUAUGGACCGCUCCACGUAGAGUAGAGAGGUCUUUCGCACAAUGAACGGAUCGUCUUUGACCCCAGGGUCUCAUUCACCUGUUUCUGUGCUCGGCAGUUUAGGUUCUCAUGUGGGCUUCAGGUUGGGUUUAGUUAGGUUCUCUGUGCUCUUCAUGAGGACUUGUGCAGCUAGCUGACGUAGCUAGCUAAAGUGCUUAUUUGGUCUAACUCGAAUUGGGUUGGCUGCAUAUACAGACUGAUGGAAUACCGCGGAACCAUUCCGGAACAACAGCAUUGCUAGAAGAUUAAGAGUCGUAGAAGUAUUCAAAGGCUUUAAUCUCCUUGUAAUUGUUAGUGGUCAUUAUUGAACUGUCGUUUUUGACAGCUGUUCAUCCUUGUAUUUUAAUGAGAACUUUUAGAAGUAGUUUCGGAAGUUACUUACC